AUGGCCAAACGAUGCCUUCCUUUUCUUUUGUUAUUACAGGUUUGGUUACAACUUGCUGGCGCUGUCUCCCACUCAAUUGUUGAGUUUCUUCCUGGGUUUCAGGGGCCGCUUCCCUUCCACCUUGAAACCGGAUAUGUCGGCGUGGAUGAAGCACAGGAUCUGCAGCUCUUCUACUACUUCCUCAAGUCUCAGGGGAAUCCUAAAGAGGACCCUCUUUUGCUUUGGCUAACUGGUGGCCCUGGUUGUUCUUCCUUGUCUGGUCUUGCUUUUGAAAUUGGUCCAAUAAGAUUCGAGGAAAAGGAGUACAAUGGGAGCUUACCUGCAUUGGUCUUGAAUCCAUAUUCAUGGACACAGGUUUCCAACAUAAUAUUUGUAGAUUUGCCUGCUGGCACUGGAUUCUCCUAUGCAAGAAACCCACUCGCUUUUCAGAGAAGCGACUUCAAGCAAGUUUCGCAAGCUGAUCAAUUUCUUCGAAAGUGGCUAAUGCAUCAUCAAGAAUUCCUCUCAAAUCCAGUCUACAUUGCCGGCGACUCUUACUCUGGCCUGACCGUUCCAGCGGUAUUUCAAAAGAUUUCUGAUGGGAACAAUGAGGGUAUGAAACCACUAAUAAAUCUCAAGGGAUACAUACUAGGGAACCCUGUCACUGAUCCUACUUUUGAUGAUAACUCAAAGGUUCCAUAUGCUCAUGGAAUGGGACUUAUUUCUGAUGAGCUCUAUGGGUCACUGAAGAAAAGUUGUGGAGGAGAAUAUCGCAUGAUAAACCCGAGUAAUGCAGAGUGUUUGAAAAAUAUAGAGGCUCUUGAUGAGAUCGUUUCAGAAAUACAAAACGACCAUAUUUUGGAUCACAAGUGUCCUCUUGUUCCUCCGCGCCCGAUAAAAAGAACAUAUCUCAAUGAGAACUUUGAAGAAUACGUCCAUUUCGGACCAAAUCUUCCUACUAUCGGAUGCCGCAGUUAUAAACAACUCCUGGCUACAUAUUGGGCAAAUGGCGAUGAUGUCCGCAAAGCACUCCAUGUGCGAGAGGGAAGUAUAGGGGAGUGGAAACGAUGCAAUUUUAAUUACACUCGUGAAAUUCAUAGCAGCAUUAAGUAUCAUAUAGACCUUGGGAUAAUGGGUUACCACAGAUUAAUCUACAGUGGCGAUCAUGACGUGGCUGUACCAUUCUUGGGAACUCAAGCAUGGAUAAGAUCUUUAAACUACUCUAUUGUCGAUGAAUGGCGCCCAUGGCGCUCCCACGGUCAAGUUGCAGGAUACACGAGGACUUACUCUAAUCAACUGACAUUUGCAACUGUGAAGGGUGGAGGGCACACUGCUCCCGAGUACAAGCCUGCAGAAUGUUUUGCCAUGUUUAAAAGGUGGAUAGUUCAAGAAUCCUUGAAAGUGGGAUGCGACAUGGGAGAUGCUCACAAGCCCUCGCAUGAGCCAAACUCAGUUUUACAUUACUCUUAA